UAGGGGGCGGACGUGUUCAACAACACAGGAAGGAUUCACUCUAUGAAUGAGCCGUGGAUGUCCGUGCAGAAGAGACUUAGCAGCAGGAUGAUACAGUAUGACUGGUCUGGAUAUAACUAACUGUCAGCUAUAACGAAAUAUUGGGUGUCGUUGGACCGAACCGCACUUUGGUACUGUUCUGAAACCAUGAUAAGAUGAAGCGAUGUGGAGAUGCUAUGGCUACAAGCUAGCUAACUGAGGCUAACGAUUAGCUGUUGUGUUGUGAUGAAGAAUGACAGCUACAAGAGGAGAGAGUUUUUAGGUGUAAAAUGUGCAUGAAAGCAGUGAGGAUGGCAACAGCUGGCUGAGGUUCACCCAACCAGACUGAAAAGACUCAAGAGCCAUGAAGGAAGAAGGCAGGGCACGGCUUGGAGGUGAGGCUCUGUUUGAGGACCCGGAUUUCCCCUCUGAUGACACGUCCCUGUUCUCCGACAGCUCCACGCCCAUCGCCAGGCUACAGGGUGACAUCACCUGGCGACGCCCACAGGAGAUCUGCAGGUCACCGGCUCUCUUCCCUAACAACAUGAACCUGGGUCAUGCUAAACAGGGCUUACUAGGAGACUGCUGGUUUCUUUGCGCCUGCACCUUCUUGUUCAAGAACAAGCAUCUGCUGAACAAGAUUCUUCCUCCAGAUCAACCCCAAUGGGGUAACAGCAGGUACAGGGGCUCCUUCCAGUUUCGCUUUUGGCAGCAGGGAUUCUGGAUAGAGGUGAUCAUCGACGACCGCCUGCCCUGUAUUAAUUCCACCCUCUGCUUCUCAUGCUGCCACUCCCCAGCUGCCUUCUGGGUGGCCCUGUUGGAGAAGGCCUAUGCAAAGCUUCAUGGCUCAUAUGAACGACUGUGGGCAGGACAGGUGUCUGAGGCCCUGGUGGACUUGACUGGUGGUCUGGCAGAGCACUGGAGCCUGAGAGACUUUAGUUUAGAGGAGCAGAAACAAGAACAAGACAGCGAUCAGGACAGGAGGAGAAUGCUUGACCUGAACCUUCUGUACUCUGUGAAAGAUGAUUGUGCGCUCAGCUGCUCCACUCACAGCAGUGCUGGAGGUGCCAGUGAGCAGGGUCAAUACCAUGCUCUGACUGUCAUGGAAUGGUUGGAUGUGAGCACAGUGUCAGGGAGUGAAGUACGCUUGCUGAGGAUCAGAAACCCCUGGGGGAGAUGCUGCUGGGGAGGGACCUGGAUAGGGAGUGGUGCAGGCUGGAGCUCUGUUGACCCUGUUUGUGCAUCAGACCUACAAGCCAGGGCGGCCGAGGGCGAGUUCUGGUUGGAUGAGGCUGAAUUCAUGUCUCAGUUUGAUGAUGUCACAGUGGGAUAUCCUAUCAGUGAGGAGGGACACCUAAAGAACAUUUAUACAGGGAAUCUGCUGGAACACAGCCAUCAGCUGGCGGGCCGGUGGGUUAAAGGGCACUCUGCUGGUGGUAACCGAAACAGUAGCAGUUAUGGUACUAACCCCAAGUUUUGGCUCAAAGUGUGUGAGCGAGGAGAGGUACUGGUGUCUCUGUUGCAGCAGAGAAAAUGGAGAAACAUGGAGAAAUGCGCACAAAUGCCAGUUGAGGACAGCAAAAACACAAAGCACCAGCACUACCAGGCUGUCGCUCUACACAUGUGGAAGGUGGAGAAGAAGCGUUUUAAUCUGAGCCGGAUGUUAAAUAAACCUCCUUGUGCUUCUACUCACUGCCACGCCUACGAGAGAGAGGUGGUUUUCCACGAGCAGCUGGAGCCCGGAUACUACCUACUGAUCCCCAGCACCUACCAGCCAGGAGCUGAGGCUCAAUUUCUCAUCAGGGUCUUUUCCUCCUCUUCUACAUCCUUCAGUGCCAUGAAAAGCCCAGCACCCUCACUGCCAUUAACAACAGAUGGAGAAUGGGAGACCAGUCACUUCCGGGGCUCGUGGGUGGAAGGAGCGACGGCUGGAGGAAGCAGGAACUUCAUGUCUCACUGGCAGAACCCCUGCUUCCACUUUACAGUGUGCGACCACUCAGGAGUGACAUCAGGAGUUAAUGUCAGGAUCACCCUGCACCAGAGCCGCCCUUACACUGAUCUGCACCCUAUUGGCUUCCACAUUUAUAAGGUACCAGAAGGGGUGUCUACACAGAUGUUACUCAGGGACGAGGAUCCCGUGGCCAGCUGUGUUCCCCACUGUUACACCCAGGAUGUCAGUCUGGCCUGCUGUCUUCCUCCUGGAGCAUACACCAUAUUACCAUCCACUUAUGAGCCUGACUGCUCUGCAGACUUCACCCUCAGCUUGGCUCGCAGAAUACACAGGAAGGUGUUGAAAAGCCAGGAGAGACUGGGGAGAACCAUUCAGGAGGUUUCUCACAUCUCUGUGAUGCAAAGCUAGUUCUCUAGGACUGUUCCUUCUCUACUGGUUCGUCAGCUCAUCUCCCUGUGCCUCUUGGCCCAUGAUGAAAGAACCAGUUCUCCCACCAUGGAGGCUUUGUGGGUGGGUGGGUGUGCACCAUGAGUGGCUGAGAAGGCAGGCAGAUGAAGGGGUUUAGUGGAAGGGUGGUGUCGGGAAUACUGGAAACCCCUUUGUCCUGAAUCAGCGAUUAGGACAUCAGAGGUUGUUGGUGGGCUGGGCUGCUAAUGAAGUAUGACGGGGAUUGCUGGUGUAAACAAACAGCCGCCACUGAAGAAGGCCGCCACUGCUCUUGCUCAUUCACUCACUGGUUCGCCUGUCGGCCCAGAACAAAGGGUCCUCUCAUGAAGGUCUUUACUGAGUGAGGGGGCAAGGAGAUGGUCGCUGAUAGAAGAGCCAGCCAAACCACACCAUACUGUGCCAUACCAUGCCAGCACUUCUCUCCUAUCCCUCAUCCCCAGACAGUCUGCUUCUUAUCUAGCUUGUACUGUUUGUCUAUAAACACAGACACAGGGUUUUCCUUCAUCCCUCAUUUCCACAUCUGCACACAUCCUGACUAGCAAUAAAGUCAGGCUGAAUUCUGGCCUAACCCCAGCUCCCUUUUUGCCCCCCAAACUCUGUCCACAACUCUGCUCAGACCUGAACAGAGCCACUUUUUUUUUUGAAGUGACCACAAAAGCAGAUGACAAGUGGACAGAUGAAAGGGAUGAAAGCAGGGAUGCAGCCCUUCAGAAGAAGCCGGUUCAAAUGAAGAAGCUGCCUGGCCUUGUUGUGGUGAGGCUGCGAAUGUGUCGUGGUGUGUCUGCCUGCUGGUACCCAUGUUUCUGUGUGCUGAAGUCACAGGAUUUCUAAUUAUUGAUUGGAAUCGGAGUGAACAGAACUAUAAUUAACUGAUCUGUGUGGUACUGUGUUUCGGCUGUAUGAGAUGUGAUGAAUAAAAUAAACUAUA